GGUACAUACGUAACCUCAAUUUCUAGAAACUUCCUUUCGUUGCGCCGAAUUUCCGAAUCAAGAACUGAUGAAAUUAUUUUUAAAAUAAUAAAUAAUUUUAGUAAUUUAUAGUGUUUUGAGUGAUUUAGUGAUAUUAUUUUAAUUUUUCUUUAAUUAUCAACGGUGUUUGUUUGGUUUCGAUGUAUUUGGGAUCAUAAAUACUAAGUACUGAAGGUGAGUCAUUUUUACAUUAUUUAUUGAUAAAUAAUGAAAGAUAUUGUAAUUUACCGAAUUUACUAAUUUAAUAUUCUAUUCUAAUUAUUUUUACCAUUUAAAAUGAAACAAUCGAUCACCGAUUUUGUUAUUUUCGUUGAACGCAUUAUCAUAUUAGGGACGUAGCCCGUCGCUUAAACAGCCAAAAGUUUCUGGCUACCAUAGAUUGUCUGUGUUGGCCGAAACAGCUAGAAAACUGCGUAGCAUCUUUGAUGGUCAUAGACGUUAUCAAUUUCUAGUUUUUGCUGUGGAUAUUUGGCUGUUUUGGCAACCUAGUUUAUACUUUAUGCAUUUAUUUAACACAAUGAUUAUCUUUUAAUGCAUAUAUUUAACUCUAUUGAAAUAGUGGAUAAUAUUUGCUAUAAUUAUUUGAAUAAGCAAUGACAAAAUAUGUGAAAUUAUAAUAAGCAAGUAAAUCUUUUAUGUGGUAUAUAUAGUAGAACAAAUCCAAUAAUACUUAUUUCAGUUAGGUAUUAUUUAUAUUUAUUACAUUUAUUACCUAAUUAUGCAAGAACAAAACUUAAUUAAUCAUAUUUCUUCAAUAAUUAUAGAUUUAAAAUUUGUUUAAUCAACUUAUAACCAAACUAUAAUAAAUUAUUUUAUUUAAUUCAUUGAACUAAUCAAUUGUCACGGGUGAAUUUUAGGGUACUAUAAAAAUUUAUAUUAUUAAUAGUUGAUAAUAUACCUACAUCACAUAAUAUAAUAAUAAUGAUAAAUACAUUUCUUAAUUGUUUAUUCUAAAUCUGAAGCUAAAAUUACAUUUUUUUCUUAAAUGUAACAAAUAUUUCAACUAGUUACCUUGUUUAAUUUUUUUUUAUCUGAUCAUAUAUACAUAUAAUAAAUUGUGGCUAUUAUUACACCUGUAUACUAAUAAUUUAUUUAUGUUAUUUUAUAUUGUAGAAAAUAGAGGUUAAGGUUUACAGGUUGAUCUUCAUUUUUCUAGUUUAAUUUUAAGACAUUUUCGUGUUAUUAUCAAAUUUAAAAAAAAAAAUGCCAUCAGUACCUUUAACUUUUUAAAAGAACCUACAAAAUUAAACUUAAACAUUUAUAUUAUUGCCAUUAGUUUUAUAAACAUAUAAUUGAUUGCAAGACAUUUUAAAAAAUGUGCCAUUUUAUUAUUUAUUAUUAGUUAAGAUAUGAAUUUUGAAUUUAUAAAAGUAUUAUUUUUAGUUCAUAAUACUUUUCCAAAUGGUGAAAUUAAUUAGAUUUUAAUAAUAUUAUGAAUUAAUCCAAUUAAUAUUUACUAUAUCUUGUUAUUUACCCUUUAAAUAAUUAUAAAAGUUUCAUUUAACAAGACAUUAAUUAUACUAAUUUUUAAUAGAUAUAUUUUACUUUGAAAAAAAAAAAUGUGAAUUUUUAAGAAAAUUAAAAAUUUCUCUUCAUUUAUUUCAAUUUUCAUAUUAUAAAGAUAUACAAUUAUUGUACUUAUGACUUGUUUUUCAUUUUAUAACACCUUCUAAAAACCAAUAUUAUCAUAAAAUUAUAUUUUGUUUGCUGAAAUCUGAAAUAAAUAUAUUGUUUCACAGAUUCUUGCUAGAAGUAUAAAUUAACUCUAGUUAUUUCAUAAUUAAUAGACGUACAAUUAAUUAUAAAUUAUGCCUUCAAGUUUUUACAAUUUAAUUUCCUAUGUACAAUAAUUGCAUGUUUAUAAGUAUAAUAUUGCUUCUAAGAGCAUACAAAAAAUUAACUUAAACUUAAUAUUCAUUAUGACUAUGGUAAUUUGAUCAUUGUUUCAUAAUAAUUGUUGACCAUAAAAAUUUAAUUUUAACUAUGAAUUAUACCUAUUUUGAAAAAAAAAAAAUGUUCAAUAUACCAUUUAAAAUAGUAACCUGUUUUAUUUUAUGUUAUAUAUUAUAAUAAUUUAUGGUAUUGUUUUUUGGUAAUUAUUCAUGAACAUAAUAUGAAAACUUUUUGUAAUUAUUUCUUUUUUUAUUAGUUGACUUAAGUACCUAUUAGUUAUAGCAUUUUGUAUAAUAUCAAUUAUAUUUUCAACCAACUUUUUUGUGUUGAAAACUGUAUCAAAUUAAUUGUAAAUUGAUUUCUGGUUGGUUUAAUCGUGAGACCGAAAUAGUGAGAACAUAAUAGUAAUAUUAAGAAAACUGUAUGUGUUAUUUUUAUGAUGAUGCAAAAUAUUCUAUUACAAUCCUAAUAAAUAAUUAAUUGAAAGCUUAGUUCUAACAACAAUUUGAAAUAUUUUUUUAUAUAAUUAUAAAUUAACAACCCUGAUAUAUUAGGUACCUCUCUUUUAAUGGGCAAUACAUUGCCUACUUAUGUUGAUUAAAUAACAGAAAAUACUGAUUUUUUACGUUGUGAAAAUUGAUGUAGAUAGUAUUAAAAAUUACAUAAUGCUUUUAAGUAUUAAUUAUUAUUGUAUUAAUGAUAAAUGAUUCAUGAUAUCCGUGUUAGUGUAGUAAUGUUGCACGUUUCGACGUUUGAAAUACGUAGGAAAUCAUCUACUCCCUUGGUCGAGAAUAGUUGCUUUGCUUUUCAUACACGUUUUUCCAUCGUUGAACUCUAUUGAUGACCUGGCACCGUGUGGCUAUUUUGUGGAGGGGAGACUGAUUACGUCAUGUCUUUUAUCACGUUUUAUCAAAAGGGGUCGUCCGUUAAUUUUUCGUUUCCCAUUCCCACCAAUUUCCUAGUUAAUUGCACUGUACAUUAUAAAUAUUGUUCGUCGUCCUUUUCAGUGCUCACCGUUCGUCUGCUUUGACGUUGCAGUUACUGUUUCAUCCAGUGUUAUUACAAGUUUUGAGUAUUCUUUAACAAUUUUAUCGUAUCGCGCAUUUUUUUCAUUUAGUGUGAUUUUACAAACAAUUGUUCACCUCUAGAUUUAAUAUGUAUUGUUUUCAGUCCUACGACCUUUACCAUUCCGAUUACGGACUAUCUUAAUAUUACGAAGUACGAAAAAAUCUGUUUCUUAUAAAUUGUUUUUGUAAACAAAUAUUCGGCAUUCCUUUGAAAUAACAGGUAAAUAAUUAAUAUUAUUAUAUUUUAGUUAAAUUUGUUUGCAUUAAUGGUCUAACAUUUUUUGUUUAACAUUAUUCUGAAUUUAGAAUAAUAAAAGUAUUAAAUUUGUAUAGCUUAAAUUAAAACAAUUUAAUUAAAAUUAUAUGAUCCACCUGUAUUCUAGAUUAUUAUAUUAUGAAUUUGUAAAUUCUUUGUUCUCGGGAUUGGAAUUAUUGAGUGAUGUAUCUAUAAUAUUAUUUGCUUUUCAAAUAGAAUGAUGAUUAUCUAUAAUAUUAUUUAUCAUUAGGUCAAUUAGCCGAAUUAAAUACUUAUCAGUUGACCCUUUUUAUGUAAACAUUUAAUUGAUUUGCUUAUAUUACAAACUUUCAUUUUUUAUUUUUUAUUUUUUUUUAUGUUGCUGGUUUGUGAGUUAAAAUAUUUAAAUUUACUUAUUUUGGUUAAAUUAUAAUUUAAUAUUUAUAUUAUGUAUAUUGAAAUUUUAUAAAAGAAGUACUUAUGUAUUUCUAUAAUGAUAACAUCAAUAAUUUAUUUUAAUAUUCUAUUUUUAUAACUAUCUAUUGCUAUUAACCAUGUUUUAUAUUAGUUAUUUUUGUUUAAUAUAUGGCCAUACUUAUUUAAAGUAUAAAAUCAAAGAUUUCUGGCUUAGAAAACCGCUUUUACAAUAAGAAAUAAUUUUUGAUCAGCUGACUUUCUUAAUUAUACCCUUGAAGGUUUUAACUAUUUUUAUACAAAUUCUUUACUUAUUAUCCAUUUAAUUUGUAAAUAGAUACUUAUAAUAAUAAUAAUAAUAACACUUAAUAAAUAUUAUGGUAUCAUUUCUGUUAUAAUAAUAAAAAUAAUCAAAUAUAAAUGUUGAUAGCUAUGAUUUGCUAAUGUAUUAUGAAAGUAUAUUAUGAGAUUAUUAGUUUAUCAAUUAAACAUUCCUUCCUAGUUACUGGUUAAUAAUAAAUACCUAUUGGUGCAUUUUGCCAUUGAACUAAAUACUACUAUUUGUAUUUUUAUUUAUAACCAAUUUUUCAAAUACUAUAACAUUCAAAUAAACUAAAUCUUAAGUACCUUAUAUUUGUAUUUAAGUAGGUACUUUUGUUUGAAAAUUUAUUUUAGCUAUGUUAAUUUACAUACUAAUAUAUCUAUUUGGCUUUAAGUAUAAAAUAAUUUAUCAUUUAUAUAUUAUAUAAAAGGCAAUCUAUGUAGGGAUGUAUAAUUUGUAUUCAUAUAACUUAUAUGCCAAUAUUUGUAAUUCAAUAUUUUAAGUAUUAGGUUUCGAUAUAAUAAUAAAUAAUAUUUAAUUACUUAUGAAUUAUUAGUUUAUAUAUAUACACCUAUAUUCUAUAUUGUAGAAUAUUUUAUACAAAUAAAUCAGCUUCUAUUACCAUUAAAAAAUUAAUCUAAUUAUGUAUUUUAAUUUUUCUCUAAUCUGUCUUCAUUGAACCCUUCAAGUUUGUGUACCGCUUGGUGGCAAAUUCUAAGUUCUUAGUAUAGCAGAAAGCAACAUAAUUGUAUACUCACAUCUCAUUGAUUGUAUUUUGUACAAGAAUCUGAAUACAUAUCACAUCAAAUAUAGAAAAAUACUAUCUAUAUAAUAUAACAGAAAAAAAAACUAACAAUAUUAAUUGUUUGAUGCUUGGUUAGGUUAGGUUAAUAUUUUUAAAUCUAUAAAUGAAAUAUUAGGACCUAAGAAUAUUAAAAAAAUAAAAAUCUUUAUUUUUGUUUCAAAAAAUACUUAGCAAAAAUCAAAAAUUUUAAUUCAAGUUUUCUAUCAGAAAUCUUGCUCCGACUUUUUGAUUUAAUACUUUUUCUGAAAGAAAUUUUUAUCUUGGUGGUACAUUAUGGAACACAAUUUUCGAUUUUUUCAAGUCAUUUUCAUUAAAAUAGGGAUAUAACAGGAAUAUUUACCUACGUGUAUAAAUGAAACUUCGCUCCGAAUUGUUAGCAAUGAUUAAUCUUUGCGUACAGAUUUACAUUUAAUUUUGCCUCUCAUCCCAUUUUCUUACUUACAGUAGUGACUCACCCAUUGUGUGUCUGUUUACAUAGAAUUGAUGAAGAAUUUUAAAUUAAGAUGUGCUUCUAUUUGAAGGGUGAUACCUAUCUAUAAGUAUUUUCCGAUGAAUUCUUUAUAAGUGUUUUUUCUGAAAGUAUUUGCUAUUAGGUAGUAUUAAUAAGUAUAGGUUUUUUUAUAUAUAUACAGAGUGAUUCAAAAUGUAUGAUACCUUUAUUUUUUAAAUUUAUAAAUAAAAAUGUAUUUAUAUUUUGUUUUAUUAGUUUUGUCGGGGGAAGGAUUUGAUUUAGAGUCAACUUUCGGAAUUCACAUAGAAGCCAUUUUUUUUGUGAAAAUGUUUGUUUGAUAAAUGUUAGUGAUUGAAUAAUUAAUUUAUUAGUUUAUUCAAAACUGUGCUUGAGGGCGAUUUAAAGUUUUUAAAAUUUGUAUUUUGACCACAUGCCUGUAACAUACAUUUUGAAUUACACUGUUGAUAUAUAUAUAUAAGUGUAUAAUAUUUAUCGGUUACAAAUUUUUAAUUUAUAAGAAAAUUGAUAACUGAUAAAAGUCAAGGUUAACUAGUUGAUAUUAUAUACUCUUGGAGGUGAUUUAAACUUAUACAUUUUUGUAAAUUUCUUUUAAUAUAAAUAUGACUAAUAAUUAAUAUGAUAAGUUUUUCUAUUUAUUUUAUCGUUAUAUAUAUAUAAUAUUAUAAAGUUUAGUCUAUUACUUUUUUUUUAUCCAAUUGUUUGAUAUUAACAAUUAAUAAUUAAAGACCCAAAAUAGAUGAUUGUGUACCAGUUUUUGGGAUGCUUUAUUUUUUUUUUAACAUUAUUUUUGUUAAUAACAUUUAUAUCUAACUACUUAUAUGCAUUUUUUUUAUUUAUCUACUAAAUAGUAAUUAAUAAUAUUAAAAAUUUAAAAAAAAAAUGUUCAUGAUAAUAAGGCAGUCAUAACAAGUAUUAAGUACUGCAAAUAUGUUUGCAGUUACAUUAUAUUUUAUUUCAUAGGUAGUCCUUAUAUUAUUUUUUUUCCACUUUAUAGAAUUUUCUGAUUAUAGCUUUUUGUUGAAUCUGGUUAUCCAAUAAUACCUACAGAUUUUAAUUAUGAUUUGAAUGCAUAUUUAUUCAUAAAUAAUCUCUGGUUAUUUUGUAUUGUAUAUAAAAAAAAAAAUUAGAAAAGAAACAUUUACAAUGGCUAUAUAUGAUUAUUUUAAUCAUAUGAAGUUACAUGUGUAUUAUUUUGUAGUUCAAGGUAUUUAAUGUUGAAUAAAAUAUAGUUGCUAUUUUACCUAGUUUAAUUAUUGAAAAUUAAUGAUGAACUGUUUAUUGUUGUGCAAUAAGCAUUAAAAAAAAAAUUUCUAAAUAUCAUAUGUAGUUUGUAUUAUUUGAAAUGUUUUACAAAAGUAGAUAUUAUGUCAUUACUACAUUAUCUAUAUGAUUUACGUGAAUUCUGAUAAUAUUAUAAAGAGGAAUAAAAAUAAGUACCUUAUAUCAUAAUUUAUUUUUAAAUAUAAAUAUUACUUACAUUAUCAUUAAUCAAUACAUAGAUAUAGUGUUUUUUUAUAAAAAAAAUAUCAAAAUAUAACCAUUUAAAAAAAAUAGUUUAUUUUAUUGUUAGGAUUGAUAUGAGGGCAUGUAGAGGAGAUUAAAUAAUGACUAUACGGAGAAUAAAAAUAAAAGUAGCUGCGCUUGCAAGAGGAAGACCCUUAAUUAUAUUCAAUUAUAUAUUAUUCGAAAAAAAAAUAUUUUUUUUAAAAUUUUUACCUGAGUUUUAUAUCAUGUAUUUUUUCUUACCUUCAUACUACACUUUGUAUGAGUAAGUACCGAUUUAAUCUUAAAUAAUAAUAAAACUAAUUGUCAUAAUAAAAAUUAAAAUAUAUUUUUACAGAUUUGCACUCACAUUGAAAAAAAAGACCCUUAAAUUUGUACCCAAAAAUAAUAAAACUAAAUAAAUGGAAGUCCACCUUUACCUUUAAAAAAUGUAUUGUCCAUUAGUAUAUUUAAAUAAUACCCUAAACCUUGCUAUUUUUAUUAUAAAAUAUCUAAUUAUUUACUUACUCACUUUGGCCAACGUAUAAAAUAAUCAUUAUAUUAAUUCUAAAUUGUUAGCAAGAAUUGCUAUCUAGAAUUCUACCAAUGUAACUAAAAGAAUUAGUUAGAAAACAUAUUUAUAUUUUCAAAAAAAAUAGUUUUAAAUAUAUUUGCAUUCAAUCACCAUGUCUUUUUGUACUGUAACAGCAAGUAAAUCUUCAUUGUUUUUUCAUAAAAUUCUAAAUAAUUUGUAUUAAUUAUCAGACAACUUUCUACAGUUUUCAUAUAAAUUUGAUAGUUGUAAUCGAAAAUACAAGUUCUAUUGAUGCAUCUGAUAACACUAAUUUUCAUACUGGUAAUAAUGAUUACAACAAAAAAUAAAAAUCAAAUUUUCUAUUACCUAGUCCUAGUAAAUUUAAUUAUCUGAAUAGUUUUUAUGUAUAUUUCAUAAUAAUUCAUACAAUUUAAAUCAUGUUUCAUGUUAUUUUAUUUAAAUACAUUACAUUUUGAACUAAUGCAUUUAAUUAGUACUUAAUAUUAUGGUGUAGUAAUAAUAUUCUACCAAUUUUAGAGAAAUUCUAAUAAUUGUCUGUAUUAUUUAAAAUCUAUUUUCUACUUAGUAUUUAUUUAGUACAUGUGUUUUAGAUUCUGAUUGGAGCUAUGAAUGUAUUGGUUUUACAAUGAUGUUUAUUUUACUAUUUUUAUUUUUUCUGUAUACAACUUUUCUAAAAGGUAAUCUGACUGGGGUGAAAGUUGAGGGAGGUUAUUUUUUGAUUUUCCAAACUGUUUUCAAAAGAAAUUGGAUAUGUAGUCAAAUUGGUACAAUAUUAAACAAAUAUUUAAAAAAAUAUAUAUACCACAUAUGUAAUUAUUUUACUAUAAUAUGACAUAUAUAUUUAACCGAAUCACGCUCAGUAAUGAUUAAUUGUUGCGUAAGAUAUACAUUAAAUUUCCCCUCUACUACUUUCCCAAUUUCUCACCUACAACAGUGGCCCACCCAUGUGUGAAUUAUGUUUGUCUUUCUAUAUUACACUUUAUAUCAUUGCGUUUACUGCUUCCAUGCUCUUGCAUUUUUCAAAUAUAUUUUUAGCAACCACUUCUUUCACUGUUAACUCAUAGCGUUAUCGCACAUUAUAAAUUUAUUAUUUAAUGAAAGGUGAAAGCAGAUACUUUUGGUUGUACCUUGAAAUUGAACACGUGACUACCUCGUGUUUCAACUUUUAUCUUGUUUUCCUGCCUCCUGAAUAUUCUAGUUAUAUAACAUAAUUCUGUAACAAGUUGCAAAUAUAUUGAAUAGUUCUUUCAUUUUAGUGCUUUCUCCUAUUGAUAUUACUAAACAUGAAUUUAAUAUUAAAUUGCACAUAGGUAAUAAUUUUUUUUCUUACUGCUCUUGAGCUCAAUUUGAUUCUUAUUUUAAAAGUUUUAUAAUAACUUAAGGUCAAAUACGCACAGAAAAAUAUUUUGAAAUUUAGACACCACUGUGCGGCUAUUACCUAAUUGACAAUUUAUUAAUUUUAUCAUUCGGAUUGGUGCAGGAAGAAGUUGUUUCUGAUGUAUAUGACCUCUACAACCUUUGUUAAAAUAACAAUAAUAAUUAUUAUUAUCAUGUAUCUAGACAUUAUUUUUUUUAGAAUUUAAAUAAGUAAAGAUAUUUUUCAGAGAAAGUUAAUUUCGAUGCAACAUGCAACUUAUUUUAAAGUACCUACUCAUAAUAUUAUACAACAUUUGUGUGUAAUUGAUUUAUUUUGUGCAUAUGUGUUUAUAAUACAACAUUAAUUAAUAUUUCAUUAAAUAUUCCUUUGACUAAACACAUUUGUGUUAAACGUGUACAAAUUGUAUGAAUACAAAAAUUAAAAUUACAAAUAUUUCACAUUAAAAUAAUAUAAUUUAUUUAUAUAUUUAUUUGAUUUAAUUGUUGCAUUUAAGUAUUUUAUAUGAGAAUAAAAAUUUGUUUACUACCUAUCUAUAAUUAAGUUUUAAAUUAAUAGUAUUACCACUUGUAUGAUAUUACCAAUUAAAAAUACAUAAUAUACCUAUAUUAUAUUAAUUUCAAUUGUGACCUUGAAUGAGGAAGGAAAUGUCAAUAUUAUUUUAGAUUUUGAGUGUAGCGAGGUAUGUAUUGGGUUUACAAUCAUUUUUAUUAUUACUAAUUUUUUUGGUGAACAACUUUUCUACCAGGAAUUUUGAUCCAUUUUCUAGUAUAGUGCUGCUUUAAUGAGGUGAUUUUCCCUAGGGUUUUCAUAAUAAAUGGGAUAAAACCUAAAAAAAAAAACAGAACAUUUAUGAAAUGUAAUAUUUUAAAAUUGUAAAUAUUGCGAAGUUUCAAAACAUGUAUAACUGAACUUUGCUCAGAAUCAUUUUUUGUUAGCAAUGAUUAGUCAUUAAUUACAAUUAAUAUUAAAUUUCUUUUCUACCUUCCUAACUCUCACCUACAACAUUGGCCCACAGUGCAAAAUAUGUCCAUUUAUCUUUCAUUUGUGCAUGUGCAUUUUAUUUUAUAAAUUAGAAUACCAUAAUUAACUAUCAACUUUACUGUAUCUUAUUAACGACAAUAAAUAUAAAUGUAUGAGUGUAUGCCAUUGUCAUUUCUUUGAAAUAAGUUAUAAAACUCUAAUAAUAUUUACAUAUCUUUUACCUGUUUGAUUUUGUAGAGAUUUUGUCAAUGGAAAUAAAAAUAAUAAUGCGAUUUUCUGUUCUUAAUAAUCAAUAAUUAUAUAAAUAAUUGAUUAAAUUGAAAUAAGUUUUAAUUCCAAAAUUUUCUAAAAAAUCGUUUUAAUAACCUUGACUCAAUGUUUUAGAUAAAUAAAUAUUAUAAUAAUUGUUAAUUUAAUAGUAUGUGUAAGUUAUUUUUCUGGUUAAUAUUAAGUUCAGUAUCAAACUAUAUUAAUGUUAAAUAGGUUUUUAUUAUUAUUAUUAUUAUUAUUAUUAUUAUUAUUAUUAUUAUUAUUAUUAUUAUAUAUAAUAUGUACUUUUUACAAGAAAUAUAAAUGUGGCAUUAUUAUACAACAGAAAUUGAAAGUACAUGUAUUAUAUUUAUAUAUUUAUCAAAACAGAUUAUGUAAAUAAUAUGUUUUUAAAAGUGCCUCGUCAUGCUUCAUAAAAAAAUCAUUUGAUUGCCAGUAAUAAAUAAUAAUUGAAAACAACUGUAUAUUGUAGGAUAUAAAGUAAAGAGUUUAAUAUUAUAAUAAUAUUACUUUUUUUUAAUAUGUGUAAUGAAUACGGUUUUUAAAUUAUAAAUAAUAUAUUUUAGUAUAUCAUUUUAAUUUCAUAAUAUAAAACAUUACCACAUUAAUAGUUAAUUGACAUAAUAUGAAAUUUAAAAAUAUGUAAUACAUUUUUCUACUGAUAACUUUUGUCAUACAUUUUAAUCAAUCAUCGAGUAGUUUUAAAACCAAUUGCAAUAAUAUUUACACAUUCAAAUUUAUAAUAAUAAUAUUUCGUGUUGGCUGACUGUGAACACACUGAGUCGGCAAACAAUGAAACAACUUUUUAUUUAUUCAAAUAUGUAUAGUUGUAAUACCUACACAUAUUGAUUAUAUUUUAGGCAUAAGAUACUGUUAGUGUACAAACAAUAGUACCAUAUUAUGUAUUAGCAUUACUUAUACCCUAUAUAGAUUAAAAUGCAUUCAUAAAAUGUAAACUUAUUGAAUUAAUAAUACUAUACCAAUUAUACAAUUAUAUUUACAUACAGAAUCAAUAUCCACAACAUUUUAUUUAAAUUAAUUUUAAUUUUAUUAAUAAUGUAAUUAAAUACUAAAAAUGUAAAUCACUGUUUUAUGUAAGAAACUUAAAAAAAAAUAGUAAUAAAAUCCUAGGUUCUUUGGACUGACUUGUUUUAAUUCAAAUUUAUUUAUUUGUGUUUCAGAUAAUUUAACUUAAAAUGGCACCAAAUAUGACCAAGCGCCCAGUUGGCGCACCCAGUGUUUUAUUCAGUGAAGAUGAGGAUCCGUCAGUAGUUGAUGAUCAAAGUCAAAUAGCAGAGGGUGAAACUAUUGAAAAUAACAAAUAUAAACCAUGUAGAUAUCAAAGACAAAUUGUAUGGCGAAAUGUUGCUCUGUUUGCAUACUUACAUAUAGCUGCACUAUAUGGUGCAUACCUAAUGUUUGCGUCUGCAAAAAUAGCAACAUCAAUAUGGGGUAAAUUUUAAUGCUUUUGAUUUUAACUCAAUGUGUAUGUGGUAAUUAUAUUAAUUUAUUUUAGCUAUUUUAUUAUACCAAAUGUCUGGAUUGGGAAUUACUGCUGGAGCUCACAGAUUAUGGGCCCAUCGAUCAUAUAAAGCAAAAUUUCCUUUGCGUAUAAUUUUAAUGGUCUUCAAUACAAUUGCUUUUGAGGUAAUUUGUUUGAUGUAUUUAAAAAAAAAAUCAAUUUAAUAUUAGUUUUAAAUACAUUACCUAACUAUAAUAAUAAUACAUUGUAGACACAUUUUUAAAUACGUGUUCAUCCAUUUUUGUCUACAAUCUGUCUCAUACUAAAUAUAGCAAUUUCCAUUUCUCAAAUUUAAUAUGUAAGAAUGUAAAAAAUAUUUUUAAUUGUAUAAAAAUUCCUAAAUUAAUUCAAUAAUUGCAUUUUUAUUACUGAAUAUUUAUAUUUUUUCUUUAACAACUGGAUAUGAAUAUUAUCAUUAAAAUAAGCGUAUGUAUCCUGUAUAUAAAUGUAUUUUUAAAAAUCUGUAGAAUCACAUUUAUGAAUGGGCACGAGAUCAUCGUAUGCAUCACAAGUACAGUGAAACUAAUGCUGAUCCUCAUAAUGCCAAACGUGGAUUUUUCUUCUCUCAUGUCGGAUGGUUGUUGUGUCGUAAACACCCUGAAAUUAAAGAAAAAGGACGUGGUAUUGAUAUGAGUGAUUUAGAUCGUGAUCCAGUUGUUGUCUUCCAAAUGACGUAAUUAAACAAAUUAAUUAUAGAUUUAUCAUAAUAUAACAUAUUGUUUUACAUUUAUAAAUAUUAAAAAUAUGUUUUUUUAGGUACUAUUUAUUAUUGAUGCCGGUUUUAUGUUUCUUAAUACCAACAUGUGUGCCUGUCUUUAUUUGGGGUGAAACAUGGACAAAUGCGUGGUUCGUGGCUACUAUGUUCCGGUAUACAUUCACUUUAAAUAUGACAUGGCUUGUAAAUAGUGCUGCUCAUAUGUGGGGAGAUAGACCAUAUGAUAAGUGAGUAUUCCAAAUAUAGUUUUGCUUUUAUAUUAUAUUUAAAUAUUUAUGUAUAACUAAGUACUAGGCAGUUAUAUGAGAUGUAUAGGGGUUAUAAGAGAGUAACUAUAAUAAUCAGAUUUAAAAUUAAUAUUAUGCAAUAUUAUAUUUUAAUGAUUAGGAAUGUACUUAAUUAAAUGAUAGGUCAUUGGGGUGUAUUUAUUGAAUAUGUUAUUAGUUAAAAUAUAGUAAAUAAGGAGUGGAAACUUUCCAUUUUAUUUUUUAUCAAACAUUAAAUAUAAUAACAUAAAAUGAAUAGUAGUUAACACAUUUUAUCUAAAUUAUUUUUGCCUACUAUAUAUUCUUUUUCAAAUGAGAACACACCACGUCGCUCAUCGUUAUCAGAGGCAAACCACAGGCCCUAACACAAAAUUAGUAAUUAUAAGACUUGCGCGAUUUUUGACCAGUUUUCGUCUGCCACCUGAUACGCUCUUAUUUGAAUAAGAGUAUAGUACUAAAGUAAUAGAGGUAAAAUCUGUUUACAUAACUAUAUUUAUGACACACAGACAACAUAUUAAUUCGGUAACUAGUCUCAUAAACUCAAAAACAAGUAUUUGAAUAAUUUAUUUUUGUAUUUUAUUUUGGCUCAUUAAACCUUACUACGCACAAAAAAAAUAUAUUAUACAUAUUAUAAAAUGUUAUAUAUGCGUUAUCUUUUUUUGAUAUUAAAUUAUGAACUGGUAAAGUGCAGGUUCAAUCAUUAUUUAUUCUGGUCAUCCAAUUAUUUGACCUUCAUUAUUUAUAAUAAUUACAUGUAUUGUUGAAAUAAAUUUUAAUUUAAUACUUAUAUAUUAAUUUCUAGGUUUAUCAAUCCUUCAGAAAACAUUGGUGUAGCAUUAGGUGCUCUUGGUGAAGGAUGGCAUAAUUACCAUCAUGUAUUUCCAUGGGAUUAUAAAGCAGCAGAACUGGGAAAUUACCGUGCAAAUUUAACAACGGGAUUUAUUGAUUUCUUUUCUAAAGUGGGUUGGGCUUAUGACUUGAAAACGGUUUCUAUGGAUAUGAUACGUAAACGUGUAGAUCGGACUGGUGAUGGAAGUCACAUUUGGGGAUGGGAAGAUAAGGCCUUAUCAUCAGAAGAUCGUAAAGAAGCAGUCAUCAUCAACAGGUCUCACGAAGAGUAGAAAAUAUAGUUUUUGGAAAAUGUUCAUACAAAAAUAUAAAAUACAAAAAAAAAAACCAUUUACAGUUUUUUUUUUCUAAUUAAUAAGAAGCAAGAAUUUUAAUGGAGGGGAGAAAACAUAAUUGACAGAUCCAUACAAAUAAACUUUUAACAGUGUAAAUAAAGAUAUAUUUUAAAAAGUUUAAACAAAAAGUUAAAACCGUUUUCCUUAGUUAUUAUAUUUUAUGUAUUAAAAUAUAAAUAUGUAUAGUAUUUUGUAAUUUUAAUUAAUUUAUUAAUUUUUUUUUUUUAUAUACAUUUUUUUGGAGCCAUAUAAUUCAAAAAAUAUAUAUUUAUGGUAAAGCCUGUUUUUUUUUUUUUUUUUUUUAGUUCCUAAUCAUCAACAAUCAUUUAAACGAUUAUAAAAAAAAAAUAGGUAUUAUAAUAUUUUAUAAUUUAGUAUACUUGUUUUGUUGAACUAUCUGUUAUUUCACCACUAGAUUAAGCUUGCUCCACUUAAAUGUUAACAAGUCACAAUUCAUUAUAUUAUUUUUUUAUUAAAAUAAUAAAACAAAUGUUUUUAUAUAAAUUUAUAAAUUUAAAACGUGUAUGAAUUUUAAAAACGGCUCCAUUUCACACACACUCUAUAUUUUGUGUUUUCCGGGUUUUUUUUUAAUACAAAAUAUUUUAUUUAUAAAUCUUCAAUUUUUUGUUUUCUAAAAUAUGUAACAUAUUCCAAAUAAUAUAUUACAAGUUUAAGCCCUCAUCCCAAUUUGGUAGAUACAAAUAAUUUGAUAUGUACCUACUUCAGUAAAAAAAAAAAAAAUACAUUGUAGUAAUUUUACCACUAUAUAUUAUUUAAUAAACAAUAUCCUUGGUUAUAAAAUGUUUUAUUUAUUUUUUU